GGAAGGGGUGCGUCGCAGGCGUGUGUGUGUUUAUUUUGUUCUAAAUGUAUUAUUUUGUGUGAUUGUUAAUGAAAUUGUAUGAAAAGUCAAUAAUUGUGGUAAUAAGAAGUCCAAAAAAGGCGUUAAAUAUAUAGUGGAAGACUUACUAAAAAGUCAGGACUGAACAUGCAGCCGCUGAAUGGAAUGCACUCAUUUGUAGCUGUGGGUGACGUCACAGAGCAGCAACUCGACGUCAAAUCGGGCACAAGCUCAUCCGCUGCUAUCAGUAUGAAAACAAACGUGCAACCGAGCAGGCAGCAGCAGCGCAUAUAUACCUCAACCCCUAAAAUCGAAUUUAAUAAGCAACGGAAAUCGCAGCAGCGCAACGACGCCAUUGGCCUUUGUCGUUUGGCCAAAGCAACAACAAAGCAUUAUAUUUGUGUGGGCGAAGGCGGUGCUAAUGGUGUCAAGGGGCAGGAGCCGACCUUUGAUGUUCGCCUAAAAGCUCUAUUUCUAUUAUUUGGCAUAAUAAUUAUCGGCUAUAGAGCCAUCAUUUUAACAAUGCCCUACAUCAAUGGCAGCAACGUGCAGCAGCUGAGCAACUAUGUGCAGGCACAGCUGAGCGUUGCCUUCGACUGGUCGGAGCAGAACCAACUGCGUGCCAAACUAACUCCCGUGCUGUGUGGCCUGAUUGUGUCAGUUUUUUGCUACGCCAUCGUUUACUUGGACAGCGCUGUGCCAGGCGUUUCGCCACCUACCCCAUUUUCGCCGCGUUCCAAGCAACGUUCUCGCCGAGGCAGCUCCGGGCUGCAGCUCAACUAUUUGUGCGCGCUGGGCGCGGGAAUUAUGGUUACAUUCUUAAUGUAUUCAGAUUUGUAAAAGAAGAGAAUUUCCUUGUCAAAUAUGGCAGCAGUAUUAGUAUUUAAAUCAGUCCAAUUCAAAAAUAUCAUUUAUUUUUCACUUAUAUGAAGUAUUAUAUUUAUAAAAAUAUAUAUUUAUAACUGUGCAAUGCUCCUGAAGCAAAAUCAAACAACAAAUUUAGUAAAAGCUAAAAGAAGCUCAACGG